CAACCAUAGAGAGAGAAAAUUACUAACAUGUCUUUAAGAAAACGUGAAGUUGAAAAACCCAUAUCCUUCAUUGGUAUGCCGUUUUUUCCGCCUCCAAUGACAUGUUUUAUCCCACUGCACGGUUGCAUCGAUCUUCUGUAACUCUAUUACCGCCUUUCUUCUCCACUACCACCGCCGCCACCACCGUUGAAGAGCCCCGCUUCUUAGAUCCUGUCGUCCGCACCUAUCUGUCGCUGUUGCAGAAGUUCUCCAGGGCCCCAAAUUCCAUACGGGGUAUCCAUUCCCAAAUUGUAACUAAUGGCCUCUCUACCAGCAUCUUUCUUGCCACCAAGCUGGUUAAGCUUUAUUCUGAGUGCGGGCGUCUGCGAGAUGCACACCAGGUGUUCGUCUCAAUGCGUCAACGAAACCUGCCUCUGUGGAAUUCCAUUCUUGGAGGAUACCACCGAAGUGGGUUGCACGCCGAAUGCCUGGAAUUGUAUAAUCAGAUGCGAUCCGAAGGCUUCGGAGUUGAUAGCUCGAUCUGCACCCUCACUCUGAAGUCGUGCGAGAACCUGCUGGAUUGGCAGAAUGGAAAGAAGGUUAUGGAUGAUGCUUUUGAUAAUGGGCUGGAGAGGGACCCCUUCUUCGGGAGCGCUUCUAUUGGGUUCCUUGUGAAAUUCGGUGAGAUCAAUGAUGCUCGACGUUUAUUUGAUAAUAUUCCUGAAAGGGAUGUUGUGUGCUGGAACGCCAUGAUAGGUGGCCAUGCUCGGAACGGUGAUGUAGAGAAAGCAGUUGAAUUGUUUCUUGAAAUGCAAAUGGACGGGGUCAGGCCAAGUCCCGUGACAAUCGCAAGCUUGAUUCAAGCUUCCGCGAUAGGUGGAAAUUUGCAGCUUGGGAGACUCGCCCAUGGAUACGCUUGUGUAUGUGGAAUGAGUUCUGAUGUUUUGGUUCAAACCUGUUUGGUUGAUAUGUAUGGAAAGCUCAAGGAUGUAGAAUGUGCGCGUCAAGUCUUUGAUCGCAUGAUAAACAGGAAUCUGGUUUCAUGGAAUGCUAUGAUUUCGGCCUGUGUUCAAAAUGGAAUAGUUGCAGAUGCAUUUUUGCUCGCUCGGAGGUUGGAUUUAGGUGUUGACUCUGCCACUUUGGUAGGCUUACUUCAAGGAUGUGCUGAAAUUGCAAGUCUGAAUCAUGGGAAGAGCCUGCAUUGUUGUGCAAUGAGGAGAAGGCUUGAGCAUGAUCUCAUAGUUAGCACUGCAAUUGUUGACAUGUACUCAAAAUGCGGAUCCAUGUCUAAUGCUCGGAAUGUUUUUGACAGAAUGCCUGAGAAGAAUGUUAUUUCAUGGACUGCAAUGGUGGCUGGCUACUCACAGAAUGGCCAGGCUGAUGAGGCGUUAAAGGUUUUCAAUGGAAUGCAGGUUGCAGGUAUCAAACCCAAUUCGGUCACUCUUGUUAGUCUGCUGCAUGCAUGUGCGCAUAUUGGAUCUUUAAGAAAAGGGAAAACUGUCCAAGCAUAUCUUGUUCGUCAUGGUUUGGAAUUUGAGGUCGUUAGCUCCACCGCACUUAUUGAUAUGUACACAAAAUGUGGCAAGCUGGACUCUGCAAGGAGAUUGUUUGACACUUGUAGGUUUGCGAGGGAUGUGAUUCUCUGGAAUGCAAUGAUCAGUGGCUAUGGAAUGCAUGGCUGCGGUUGCGAUGCAACUGUUAUUUACGAUCAGAUGUUGAAGGAUGGAAUUGAACCCAAUGAAACCACAUUCAUUUCGCUUCUAACAGCAUGUAGCCAUGCUGGGAUGGUGGAGAAGGGAAGGUUAUAUUUUGAUUCUAUGGAGCGAAGCCAUGGGAUCAAGCCCACUGAGAAGCAUUAUGCUUGUUUGGUUGAUAUUCUUGGUCGAGCAGGGCAUGUAGAAGAGGCAGAGGAAGUGAUUAAGGGAAUGCCUUUCGAGCCUGGAACUGCUGUACUUGAGGCAAUGUUGAGUGCAUGCAGAACAUAUAAGAAGAGCGAAUUGGGUGUUCAAAUUGCUGAUAAACUCCUUCAAUUAGAUCCUACAAAUCCAGGAAUAUAUGUUUUGCUUUCAAAUAUUUAUGCUGGAGCAGGACGAUGGGGUGAAGUAGAUAAGAUGAGGGCUGUUAUGAGAAGCAGAGGACUGUAUAAAACUCCAGGAUAUACUCUGAUAGAAGUUGGCGGCAGUGUCCAUGCGUUCUUAGCUGGAGAUAGUUCUCACCCCUGUUCAGCCCAGAUACAUCAGAUGCUGGAUACAUUGCUAAUGCAGAUUGAGGCGCUUGGCUACACGCCGGAUACGAGCUCUGUGCUGCACAAUGUAUCAGAGGAGAUGAAGAUUGACAUGUUAUUUGGUCAUAGUGAGAGGUUGGCAAUUGCGUUUGGGCUAAUUAACACUCCAGCAGGAAGUGUGAUUAGGAUAACAAAGAACCUUAGAGUAUGUGGUGACUGCCAUACAUGGACCAAGUACAUCUCGGUUGUCAUCAAAAGGGAUAUCAUUGUCCGAGAUGCAAAUAGGUUCCAUCAUUUCGCUGAUGGAAGAUGCUCUUGUGGAGAUUUUUGGUGAGGACUUCGUUAAGCAGAGCUCAGAUACUCGCAGGGAUCUUCCGGGAUGAAUUGCGCUCUUGACAUGUGCUGGACAAGAACCGGAAAGGAAGAGACUGCUAACCUGCAAUUCCUAGCUCACCGAAUUUGUACAAAGAUAAUUCUGCUACGAAGGCUCGCUAUGGAUAUGCGUUCCAUAUUUCGAGGACAAGAACAUUUCGGAAGAGCUACUGAAUUUCUACUAAAUCUGAAUGACCAACAUAAUGAGAACCUACAAUUGAGGAUAGUGGAUGGCUUAAUGAAUAAAGACUUUGGUUUAUGAGAAGGAUCAGCUAUGUCUCCUUCCCCGUUGAAA